GAUUGCUAGCCUUGUUGCCAGUGAUUGCCUUCUGCCAUCUUCUGCCAAAAACGCACGCCCACCCGGCCGCGCCCCCGCACAGAAGUUCACGCUGCCGCUGCAGCUGCAGCCGCAGUCUGCAACGCCCCGUCCCGUCCCCCGUGCCGCGCCGAGGCCAAGGGCUUCCCCCACCGGCUGCUGCUCGCCGUGCCAGUUCCCUACACGUGCGCGCGCGCGUCUGAUAAUUCGGAGGUCGGAGCCGAUACGGUGAGAAAGAGAAGAAGUUGGAGCGGGGAUGGGUCGGGCGCCGUGCUGCGACAAGACGAGCGUGAAGCGGGGGCCGUGGUCGCCCGAGGAGGACGAGCUGCUGCGGAGCUACGUCCAGAACCACGGCACCGGCGGCAACUGGAUCGCGCUCCCCCACAAAGCCGGGCUGAACCGGUGCGGCAAGAGCUGCCGGCUGCGGUGGCUCAACUACCUGCGCCCGGACAUCAAGCACGGCGGCUACACGGAGCAGGAGGACCGGAUCAUCUGCUCCCUCUACAACUCCAUCGGGAGCAGGUGGUCCAUCAUCGCCUCCAAGCUGCCGGGCCGGACGGACAACGACGUCAAGAACUACUGGAACACCAAGCUCAAGAAGAAGGCCAUCGCCAUGAACCAGCAGCAGCAGGACUACUACCACCACCAGCGCGGCUCGGGCGGCCGCGGCCGCCGCGGCGCCCCCCAGACCCAAUGCGCCUCCAUGCACCCGUCGCCCGCGUCCGCCUCGUCCGCGGUCACCACCGCGAGCCCCGGCGACGCGGCGUGCAGCUUCGGGCCCAUGUUCUCCUCCCCGACGCCGCUGCAGGCACAAGCGGUGCUCGCGCGCUACGACGGCGCCGCGACAGCGCCACUGCCGCCACUGCAGCAGCAGCAUCAAGCGUCUUCGCUCGCGGAGUUCUCCCCCGCGCCGCCGCCACAGCCCGCCGGCGCCAGCAUCAUCAACAGCUGGGCCGGCGGCCUGGCCAUCGACGACAUGUUCCUGCCCGAGCUCCUCGGGGUCGGCGACUUCCCGCCGGGCGACCUCUUCGGCGGCGGGUUCGCGCCGCUGCUGCAGGACCGGGCGUCAUCCCUGCAGGAGCUCGCGGCGUGCUACUUCCCCAACGCGCAGGCGGCGGAGGUGUGGGCGGCCGCGGAUCACGUCAAGCCGCCGGCGGCCGGCCUGUGCCACAGCUUGACAUAAACGAGAGACGGAGAGGGACUACACUAACGCUCCGUCCACGCGCGCGCGGAAGCUUCGGCAAUGACUCAUGGCUAGCGUCGUCUCUUGCUAGUUCUUGGCUCUCCCUGUCCAUCGAUCGAUCUCUCCAUGACCAAGAGGUCAUUACAUGUACAUUAUCUUAUGGUCUGUGACUCGUAGCGCCAUGUCAUAGAGAAAUUAUUAGUUGUGGAUUGAUGAUGCCAAUUCGCCAUUGCUAUAGCUUGGCUUCUGUUCGGCCUACCAACCAGUCAGUCAGUCAUGAGCCGGUCACUGUUCAGAACUAUUCUCCAGUGCCAUUGUUUCCCGCUGUGAUAAUGACAUGGCAGGGCUCGCUCUUCCUUCCCCGCGUGCCCCUAGCUUUUAGAGAUGAA